AGACAACCGCAUGAUCAUUGGUGUUGUUUUCCUGGCUUUCUUUUUUUGAGGGCAAUUGGUGGUUAUAUGUUGGUGAUGAAUUGAUACCCUAUGUCGGAUUCUCGGAUUGAUUUUUACGACGACAAUUAUUCCUUCGUGUCCGGACAGUGCGCUAUUGCUUCUCUCUCGUAUACACGACAGGUUGACACCACCACCACCUCCUCCUCCUCCUCCUCCUCCUCUCUACAAAGACAUACAUACAUACAAUACAAUACAUACACAACCUCAACCUCCUCACCAAUCCAAAAAUGUCCUCCACAACCCCCCAACCCGACUCAACAACAACCAAACCAAAAUACAACCUCCGCAACCCCCUCCCCCUCUCCGCCGCCCAAGAAGCAGAAGUGAAGCAACUCUACUACAAGCGCGUGCGAUCUCUCUGUGCGCCUGAAAUCAAGGCAUUCGCCGAAUGCGCCGUCAACCGCACAAUAACAGCAACAUGGGUAUGUCGGGACCAACGACUAGCGAUGAACUCGUGCAUGGUAGCGCAUGCGAAGCCGGAGGUAGAAGACCGGGCGAGGGAGGAGUGGUUUGCGACGCAUGAGGAGCGGAGGAAGGCGAAGGAGGAGGAGCUUGCGAAGGUGGAGAGACGGAGGGAGGAGGUCAUUCGCAUGAUGAGGGAGGAUCAGGAGAGACAGGCUGCUGCUGCGAAAGCUGCUGCUGAGAAGAAGUGAGAUGGUGGGUGUGUAUGUGUAUGAUGGGGAUGGGGGAUGGGGUUGUGUGCUGUGUUGUGGGUUGGCGUAUAUAGGGUUAUCCUCCUCUUUUUUCCCCCUCGUUUCUUUUGUAUUGAUACUGCUGGUUUUGGCGUUUUGUUUGGCAUUUACAGACUUAGUGUGUGUUCAUUGGGACUUGUAUAGUAAGUAGUUGUUAUUGGUGGUGGUGGUGGUGAUGUGAUGGAUGGAGCGACGAUAGAUGAUGGGUGCAUGAUGUUGAAAGGAAAAGGGAAAGGAAAAGGAUAGCAAAGAAAGAAUAGAUGAAUUGAAAUCUCCCGUCCUCCUGUCCAAA